AUGGCUCCCUUUGGAAGAAAUCUGCUGAAGACUCGGCAUAAAAACAGAUCUCCCACUAAAGACAUGGAUUCAGAAGAGAAGGAAAUUGUGGUUUGGGUUUGCCAAGAAGAGAAGAUUGUCUGUGGGCUAACUAAACGCACCACCUCUGCUGAUGUCAUCCAGGCUUUGCUUGAGGAACAUGAGGCUUCAUUUGGAGAGAAACGAUUUCUGCUGGGGAAGCCCAGUGAUUACUGCAUCAUAGAAAAGUGGAGAGGCUCAGAACGGGCUCUUCCUCCCCUAACUAGAAUCCUGAAGCUUUGGAAAGCUUGGGGAGAUGAGCAGCCCAAUAUGCAAUUUGUUUUGGUUAAAGCAGAUGCUUUCCUUCCAGUUCCAUUGUGGCGGACAGCAGAAGCCAAAUUAGUGCAAAACACCGAGAAAGUGUGGGAACUCAGUCCAGCAAAUUACAUGAAGACAUUACCACCAGAUAAACAAAAGAGAAUAGUCAGAAAAACUUUCCGGAAACUGGCUAAAAUUAAGCAGGACAUGGUGUCCCAUGAUCGAGACAGUAUGGAGACAUUAGUUCAUCUGAUUAUUUCCCAGGACCAUACCAUUCAUCAGCAGGUCAAGAGAAUGAAAGAGCUGGAUCUGGAAAUUGAAAAGUGUGAAGCGAAGUUCCAUCUCGAUAGGGUGGAAAAUGACGGAGAAAAUUAUGUCCAAGAUGCAUAUUUAAUGCCCAGUUUCAGUGAAGCCAAGCAAAAGCUGGACUUGCAUUCUGAUGAAAACCAGAUUCUAGACGACCUGACCGAAAGUGAUGGAAUUAUACAUCUGGAAGAGCAAUUAUCAUAUUACAGAAUGCUCAUUGAUAGGCUUUCUGCUGAAAUAGAAAAAGAGGUAAAAAGUGUUUGCACGGAGAUAAAUGAAGAUGCAGAAGGGGCAGCCGCAAGUGAACUUGAAAGCUCUAAUUUAGAAAAUGUUAAGUGUGAUUUGGAGAAAAGCAUGAAAGCCGGUUUGACAAUUCACUCUCACUUGAGUGGCAUCCAGAAAGAGAUUAAAUACACUGACUCAUUGCUUCAGAUGAAAGCAAAAGAAUAUGAAUUCCUGGCCAAAGAAUUCAGUUCACUUCAUCUUAGCAACAAAGAUGGAUGCCAGCUGAAGGAAAACAGAGGGAAGGAAUCCGAGGUCCCCAACAGCAGUGGGGAAGUUCCUUCCUUUACUCCAAGAGUACUUAACUUGUAUACAAAUGACACGGACUCAGACACUGGUAUCAGCUCGAACCAUAGUCAGGACUCGGAAACAACUGUAGGAGACGUGCUGCUACUGUCGACAUAAUUUGAAUGGCUUUCUGACCUGCUUCAAUGUCGUUCAUGGUUGCUUAAUAGAGAACCUUAUUUUAAACACACGUUCUG